AUGGAUUUCCCACCCCGAGUUCGGAGUGUGGCCUUGAGUGAUAUGGUCAUUUUCACCAAUGGAGUACGGUAUAACCCCAUAAGGCUGUAUGACUCAGAUCUAGCUAGGCCCAAAGCCCCCGCUAAGCCCAAGGAUCACCAUUUGGGCCCCAUUACAGCUUUUACUAAAGAGGAGGGAGCUGAAGACAAACCACUUUCGGUCCGUGACAUCCUUAAGACGGCUAAACUAGACAUUACUCUCCUAGACCUACUGGCCUGGAGCCCAGCUGCCUGUCAGGAAGUUAAACGCCUAACUACUAGGAGAUCUUCCAAGAAGCCCAAGGCCAAGGAACAGCCUGAUCCGGCUAAGAGGGCCAAGUUGGACCCUACCCCUCCCUCAGCUAAGCAAGCGGCUCCCACCUCUUUCUCCCUACAUGUCAAUUCUCUGGGACCAGUGACUGAGGCGAGGCAGUGUACCAAGCUCCUGUCCCUAUUGACCAAGGAUGACAAGGUUUUCAGGAUCCCUUGUACUGUGAGAGUUAACGGAACGGAACACCCUCUGCUGCGAGAUAUGGUCCAAGCUGACCAAGGCUCGGAUUUAAAUGUUAUCAGCCUCCCCCUGGCUGAGACUUUGGGCCUGGACAUCAGACCGCUUUCGGAGGUUGGCUUUGAAGGAUUGUCUAUGAGAACUGCAGAUUGUAACGCCUCUCCUCUAACGCGUUAUACCAAGUUUGCAAUAGAGCUCCAGUUCUCCCCAACUUCUGCUGGGACUACCCUGGUUAUAGGCUGUUACGCUGUUAUAUCUAUCAGGAACUCCUCAGUCAUGGUAGGAGACAAGGGUUUAGGAGAAUCACCGACAAAGGUGCAAGGUCCUAUUAUGGGGAUCUCGCGCGAACAUAACCUCAUUAUCUAUCCGGCUAGACUACUAAAGGCUACAGAGGGUGCUCCGGAUCCUAAUACUGCUACUGAUCCCCUUAUGGAAGGGGACCCUAGCUCAUCCGAGAAUAAAGACUCCGGGAACGAUGAGGACAACGACACCGACUCCACUUUUUAG